AUUGGGCUUUUGGCUCCCCCUUAAAAUCAUCUUCAUUGAUACAGUCAACCUAUCAGCAUUACCACACAUAAACCACUGUUCCACUGAAUCCUCUCAACUUCAGCAGCUGUUCGUCCAAAAGAAGCUGGAAUCAAAACAUUCAAUAGAAGCUCUCGAAUGCUGGAUGUCAAAUUAGCAUUGGGGGCAGAUUUAAAGGGCAUGGAACUGACGUGAAUGAGCCAAAAUUUGCGGAUCGACAGUUGGAUGAACAUUUAUUGCGUUUACUUCAUUCUGAGCUCAUCAUGCGGAAUUUAUCUCGACUGAGUCUUAGUUUAGGUCUGUCGUUACUUUUAUUGGGAAACGCAGAGGCCAAGGUCCUAGAGCUCAGCGAUCGAUUCAUUCCGCUUAGACAUGAAGGCAUGUGGCUCAUUAAGUUCUACGCUCCUUGGUGCGGCCAUUGUAAGAAAUUGGAGCCCAUCUUCAAACACGUCUCGCAAUCCUUGGCUCACGAUCCGAUUCGGGUAGCCCGGAUUGAUUGUACUCGAUUCCCUUCGGUGGCUGUGGAAUUUGGAAUUCGCGGUUAUCCCACAGUCAUGUUAUUAGUGGUGAAAGAGAAACCCAAGCCAUUCGAGUGUUCAAAGACGGUUCCUCGACAAAAUUUGAAGAACCUCCUGCGGAUCUAAAUGAGCGAUCAUCGCGAGAUCUCCCACAUGACGAUUUCGCUUCCACUGAGAUUCCGGAAUCUUCAGGCCCCACCGCUCCCGGUCCCACUGAGCCCAGUUCGAUCGUUAACAGUUCACUUCAUUCUUGGGUGACCCAAGAGCGGUUUCCGUUGUUUGUAAAGGUGACGAGAGGGAAAUUUCACCACAUUUUGUCCACGCAAAAGCUGAUCGUGAUCGCCGUUUUGGAGCAGAACAAGAUUGGGGAACUCUCGCCCGAAAUGGAGGACUUCAAGGAAAUGGUCUUGAACGUGAUCAUGAGGAGAAAGGACAAGUUCCAAUCGAAGUUUCAAUUUGGAUGGACCGGUUCCCCAGAAAUUGCCAAUUCUGUUGCCAUGGAGACCCUAUCCAUACCCAAUCUGCUAGUCGUCAACUCCUCAUCCUACCAGCAUUACCUCCCUGAUGAUGAUCCAACCAAAUUAACCGAGGAAGCCAUUGAAAUAUUUCUUGAUGGCAUUUUGGAUGGAGCUGUUCCCGUUUAUGGGGGCGCUUCGUACACGGUCAGGUUAUAUCGUGCUUACUAUGAAGCCAAAACGAGUGUCAUAGAGAUGUGGAAAGGCAAUCCCGCCUUGACGGCCGUCCUCUUCGGAUUACCUAUGGGAUUCUUCUCGCUCAUUUGCUAUUCCAUCUGUUGUGCCGACAUUAUGGAUGCCGAAGAAGAAGACGACGAAGAUGAAGUGCUCCAACAUGAGAAGACUGAGUGAAUGAAGUUGUCCCACUUUUAUGCCAACCAAGACCAAGGAUUUCUGGUUAGGGAUCAUGGGAAAAAAUAUUUGUCGUAGUCGUGCCUGCAUUUCAAAUUCUAGUCAAUUUGUCCUCAAGAAGAUCCAGUUUUCUCAAACCAACCCAACCCAUGGACAUGUUCUCACUGACCUCAAAAAUAGCUUCCUACGCAUUCAUUAGCUAGAACUUGUUCGUUUCCCGUUCGUCGAGAAAGAAAAACCUUGAUUUAAGGGAUUUUUUUUUCUUGGUAAUCAACGAUAAAAGAACCUCGCUCCUUUUCACGGUAAUUACGAUGUAAUUGAUUUUCGACAGAACUUGGUGUGCCUGUCUCAUCUGGUUAUUUGUCUGUGAUGAUUUCCAUCAUUGAAGUGUUGUAAUAAAAAAUGAUCUCCUA